UGGAAUCUCUUUUGUUUCGCGGAAGUUCCGUUUGAUAAACGAGAAAAGCCUCCGUACAUAUAUAUAUAUCGCGUCUUGUAUCUUGUCUUGAUAAGCGUUAAUGUUUUUUUGAGUUUACUACGUCGAAUCGAUCGCACGGCGGAGAACGAUCGCCGUUCGCGUUUCGUCGAGCGUUAAUUGUCGCACGCUACAUCGUCGUGAACGGAAUGUCUGUCCCUGUCACAAAACAUCGUGUCAUCGCGUGAUUUUGCACGAAAGGACUCGCGAACGCGAGAGGAGUCACGCGGAUUCCUUCGAUCGAAUAAUCCGCGGACGGAACAUGGAAUGACGUUUCCCCUGUCCGUUCGCAGACACUCUUCGUUAUCCGCGUUGAGACAUAUGUUGCAAUUAUGCAUGAUCCAUUUUGUGCGCCCAGGACUAGUUUUUCUUUCGUGCGCGUAGAGAACUUUCUCAAUUAUUUUCGUCGCGCGACCGUGAACGUGUGCGUUUUUUGCAUUCUCGAUUACGUUUUCUCUCAUCGGCCGAAUCGAUCAGCUAAAUCUCCUAAGAUCAAUAUCGAGCAUAAAAGUAUAAGCAGGCGAUAUGUACGAGUCGAGUAAUGAAAAGCUGUUUCACAUUAAGGAAUCACGUGAAAGGGAACCAGCCCAUCAUGCAAGACGUCCCAUGAAUGCAUUUCUGAUUUUUUGCAAAAGGCAUCGUGGCUCAGUGCGAUCUGGUUUUCCACAUUUAGAAAAUAGAGCAGUCACUAGGGUCUUGGGUGAAUGGUGGGCAACCCUUCAUCCUGAUCAGAAGCGUUCCUAUACAAAUCUUGCACAGGAGUACAAGGAUGCAUUUUUAAAUGCGAACCCUGACUUUAAAUGGUACAAAUUACCAGCACCUCCGUUACGUACUUUAAAUACUAGGCCUACCAACAAGAAACAAGAGUCCAAUAGUGGCAUGCAAUUUAUAGAUAGUGUCAAAUCUGAAUAUGAGUCUUCCGAUUGUACAAAGUCAGACAGACGGGAUGGACAAUCAAUUCAACCAGGCAAAUUAGCAGACGAAUCACAGAUUGGUGGACUCAGUUCUCUCUUUACUCCUCAGAAGAUAGAGCCAUCUGAAGAACAGACAACAAUUAAUGAUGUCAUGAUAGAAAACGACACUGUUCCAAAACCACCAAAAAAAAGAUAUACAGAAUUGCCUUUCCAAGGUGAUCAGAAAAGAGAUUGCAAGGCAGAUCUUUUUGGUGACAAAAAGAGAAAAAGAGCUGAAUCAAAUAACAACGAACAACAUGAAAUGAUCAUGGAAGAUGAAAAACAUGCAAUAAAUUCCUUUGUAACAACACAGACGCAAUCAGAGGAAAAUAAUUUUCGUAGCGAAAGAACAUGUAAAGGUUUACGUUAUCAGAAAUUUCUUGCCGAGCAGAUGAAAAAUAUCGGCCCAUCUGGCCAACAAAGCAAACGGAAACGAACAGCUGGAAGCAAUGGACCUGAUGAACGUUCAAACGAAAGAAGAAAUUCCAUUUCUUCAAAUGUCAGUGAAAAGACAGAUUCCUUAAGUAGUGAGGGAGGAAAUAGCUCUCGAGGGGAGCUAGAACAUCUUGUGGAGAGUGCUGAAGGAAAAAUGGAAGCUUCUAAACCUGAAGAUACAGAAACUGAAGGAGCCGAAGAUCAAGUGGAUUACGGACCUUGGACAGCACGUAAAAGAUUUCGUGCCGAGGAUUUCAAUUUGGAAAAGAAAAUUGAGGCAUUACCGUCUUUGAGUUUAGAGGAGUUUCAAGAAAAGAAGAAACAGCAACGAACGAAAAAAAAGAAAAUUCUGCAAAAAUUUAAUUCAUCAACAAACAAAAGACAUCAAAAUAAUUUGUCUUCUAGUGAUCAAAUGAAUGGUCAAACUCAAAAAGCGAGUACAAUAAAUGAAAGUUGCGAAGAUUCAGAGAAAACUCUUGUUGGAAGUCAGAAACGAAAAGCUCGAAAGCAAACUAUCACGCGGAAUGCUGCGGCAAUAAACUCCACCAAACAUUCUGAAGAUCAAGAAUCAAAUAAAUCUUGGUGCGCAUCUCCAGAUCUUGAAGCUUUAGCAUGUCUUGCAACAGUUGCCGCCAACAGAACGAAACUUACCAAAAAUAACGUUUAAUUGUGUUACCCAUUAAUGAUAUAUAAGAUAUGCACUACAAAAACCAAAACUUUAUUAAAUUUUUUCCAUGUAAUUUCCUAUUACUGGGAAACACAUACUUUUCCAAGUGCUGUUAUAAACGAUAUUUAUGGUAUCGAUAAUAAUGAUUAUUGUUAGUAUCUUUAUUGUUAAUCUUUACUAUUACAGAUAUUAUAUAUAUAUAUAUUAUGACUGCUAUAGAUUAUUCCAUUAUUCGGUAUAUGAGGAAGAUAUUC